GUUUCAAAUGGAAGUACUGUAGUUCAUAAGAAUUCACUUCCACAGCUGGGAUGACGAUCAACCCAACAACUCUGGAGACGUUCUGUGGGUAUUUGGCAACAGGGAGGACUGCGUAGAGAUGCGCCAGAAGGUUGACUAUAUGUGGCACGACGAACACUGUUACGAGGCCAGGCAGUUCCUGUGUAGUAUGGCACCUGAGAAAAUCACGACUACCACCACCGUCACUACCAAACCCGCCCCCGUGUGUGAGGAAGGAUGGGAGAUGUUUGAGGAAGCAAUCUGCUACAAGGCGAGCAACGCCGUGGCUUCAUGGCCCGAAGCACGCGACGCCUGUCUUACCCAAGGUGCCCAGCUGGCCGCCAUCACCUCAGAGGGACAACAGAACUUCCUGGCUGUUGAUCCGGUAUACUACGGUGCGGCACACUAUCUCCCUCCUGAGACUUACUACAAGCAAAGUUCCCGACCUGUAAAUGACCAGAGCAUAUUGUAACGCCAUAAAAAAACGCAAAAUUACCGUACACGUACAGG